GCGCGCUGGUUCCAAACGCUUUGGCUUAUUACUGUAAGUUGUAUGCAGACUUCUACUGGGAGAGACGUACGGCUGUGGCUCCUCUAUGGCAGCAGCUAUACCGGCGCGAGAAGGGAAUCCCCAGGAAGCAACGCCUUGCAUCUGAGCUCUAUACACUGCCCUUGGUCAUUGCAUUACAGUGUGCAACAGUGCUAUUCCAGGGUCUAUGGGACAAUCUACUAUCAUAUAUGCCUUACAGUUGCAAAGCAGGUGUUUCACGUUGUCACCAACUGGAUUAAAUAAAUUAUAUUAAUUUCCAAGGAUAUUAAUGAGGUGGGUUGUGAUAGUUUUCCCCAAGUUUACUGUUGCAGAAUAACUCAGAUGCCUUGUAAGCAGAAGUGUUACACAUACAUAAUGUUCUAAGAAGACUUUCAUCGUUGCAGGCAGGCACCUAGUGAAUUCGACAUGGCUUUGUCCAGGACUUUAUUACCUUCCAUCUCCACCUUCAGAGGUGGUUCAAGUCCCAAGGAUAAACCUGCUGGACAGAGUGGCGCCAACUACAGAUGGAGAGAUGAACUGUCACAACACAUGAAGAGACCUUCUCUCACUGGUGGACAAAACUAUGACAGUCCAGAACAGGAAAACCCAUUGUUAAUACAGAGGCGAGACGACGAUCUUAGUGAACUGGACCUUGAUUUCAUUCUAUCUAAUACUAUCAGCCAACAAGACCAAGUAGGUUCCAGUUCCAACAACGUGGUUACAAGUGAUAAUUUCACUUACCCAAUGCAUUCAUCUCAGGACACUGCCAACAGUUUAGUCUACAGUAGAGACCCUUUAGGACAUUUUAGUCUUGACAUCAGCUCUGUUUCUCCUGGUGGAUUUGUAGCUGAACUUAUGAGGCCAGAUUUGGAGACAGAUUACCUGCAGCCUACUAGCCUUCAUGGGAAGUUUUUGGUGAAAACAGCAGUGGAUAUGGCAGACUAUAGCCAAUCCAUCAGUGUUAGCAAAAGUGACAGCCCCAUGACUUUUACAAGCCACAUACCUCAGGUGUGCCCAGAGAUCAAACAGGAAACAGCUCCAUCUUGCACCAUUGCACGACCAAUAGAGUCCCAUGUUUCAGGUAUUCCAGUUCAUGGGAACAGCCAAAGAUCACAACAGGGUCAGCGUGACUUCCCCAUGGUUCAGGCAAUGUCUGGUAGGACUAUACCAUCAGUGACUCCAGAAGAAAUGAUGAACAGAGACUGCCAUUCUUCAACACAAGGCCUAACGCAUCCUUCACUGCCUGUUCCACCUGGUUACAGCACAGCAAGCAGCUAUCCUCCAUUCCAGCAGCAACCUCCACCACUACAUUAUCAAGGUCAGUCUUAUCUAAAUAUUUUUCAAGAGCCUUUAAACAUUCAGCUUUUGGUACAAGGAGUGAUGCUGACUCCACCAUCUUCACCUUUAGAGCUCUUACCUUCAGGCAGUGGUAUGCCGGAAGAAGCCAAGCCAAAGAGGGGUCGACGGACGUGGCCUAGGAAAAGGAGUGCAACACACACAUGUGAUUUCGCAGGCUGUGGUAAGACUUACACGAAGAGCUCUCAUCUUAAAGCACACCUGCGCACCCAUACAGGAGAGAAACCAUAUCACUGUGACUGGGAGGGCUGCGGGUGGAAGUUUGCACGCUCGGAUGAACUAACUCGCCACUACAGAAAGCACACUGGUCAUCGCCCCUUUCAGUGUCAGAGGUGUGACAGGGCAUUUUCUAGGUCUGAUCACCUAGCCUUGCACAUGAAACGACACUUGUGAACAGAAGCAGCGGGUGUUCCUUGUACUGCCAUAAGAAAACAAAAUCAGUAUUCACUCAAACAAUUUUGUCUUCCACAAAAAAAAAAUGGGAAGUCAUGUUACUCACUACAGUGGACCAUCGUGGAUAUGUCUUCCAAAAGGUGAGAUACAAAUAUCUAAUACAGGAAAUGGGGACAGUGAAACUGGAAACUUUUGCCAAGAAGCUUGAUGUUAUGACUGGAAUUUUUUUGUUUCUUUAUUUCAACUUGAAAAUGCCUGGAAUAGAAGAUGCCAAAACAUUGACUGGAAAACUUGGAUAUCAGGGUGCAUUGGGAUCUGUGGGGGAAAAAAGUCUUACCCUUUGCCUUAAUUUUACUCAUUCAGUCUGCAUAUAUGUACAAAGUUCUCAUUAAUCUUAUAAUAAAAUAUAUUAUAAUGAUUAUUUUAAAAAUCAGG